UUUUAACAAAUACCGGUAUCAGUUCCUGUCACUCCCAGCUCAAAAACCACGCCCCACCUCGUUCUCUCUCCACGCAGCCAUCGUUUCUUCACUGAAACUCGCUUCAUUUUUUUUUUAAUUAAAAAAACAAAAAUUAAUCAGUCUAAUUUUCUUUUUAAAUAAAUAUAAAAGCGACACAACUCAUCAGCUAAAGAGAAAUUCUAUCCCAUUCUCUCUACAUUUCCUCAUGAGAACCAGCGGUACUGGCAACCGUCGGUGAAUUACAACGACGUCUUUUUUAUCCACUCCGGUUUUUCAAUGGCGAAGAAAGAAAAAGACGUCGUCUCACAAACCUUCCACGCCAUGGUAGAAAGCGCAGACCGGAAAUUUGGCCGAGUCCGUGACCUACCAUUGUACGGACGCGCACAGCAGAACCACUAUUUCCAGAAAGUAUUCAAGGCGUAUAUGAGGUUAUGGAAGUACCAGCAGGAGAACCGGUCAAAGCUAGUUGACUGCGGUUGGAACCGAUGGGAAAUUGGAGAGAUCGCGAGUCGGAUCGGGCAGUUGUAUUUUAAUCAGUAUAUGAGGAGUAGUGAAGCUAGGUUUUUAGUGGAAGCGUAUGUGUUUUAUGAGGCGAUUUUGGAGCGGAAGUAUUUUGAUGCCCGCGGAAGUGGUAAACCGAAGGUUGAUGUUGGUGUUAGGUUUAAGGAGUUGAGAUUUUAUGCUCGGUUUUUGCUUGUUGCUCUGAUUUUCAACAAGGUUGAUAUGGUGAGAUUGCUCGCUGAGAGGUUUAAAGGUCUUGUUGAUGAUAGCAUGACGAAUUUUCGUGAAACAAACUUCAAAGAAUGGAAGCUAGUGGUGCAAGAAAUUUUCCGCUUUAUGGAAGUUGGUACUGUCUUCACAAAUGUCAGGCCUUUGCGGUACUGUGCUCUGUUUGAUUCCCAUCCAGCUUCUCGUCCUUACUUGGCUCGUUUCCAUGCGAGGAAGAUUGUAAAAUUUAGAGAUGCGCUCUUGACAAGUUAUCAUAGAAAAGAAGUUAAAUUUGCAGAACUUACUUUAGACACUUACAGGAUGAUGCAAUGUUUAGAAUGGGAACCUAGUGGAUCUUUCUACCAAAGGCGUCCUGUUGAAUCAGUUUACCAAAAGCAUCCAGUGGAAUCGAAUGAAAAUGGCACUGUAAUUGAUCAUUCUGGAGCUGUUUCUGGAUUGAUAGAUAUAAACUUGGCUGCAGAUUUGACUGAUCCAACUUUACCACCAAAUCCCAGGAAAGCUGUUCUUUAUCGUCCGUCGGUGACCCGUUUGCUAGCAGUUAUGGCAACAAUUUGUGAAGAGCUCCCUCCAGAGACCAUUAUGCUAAUAUAUCUAUCAGCCUCAGGGAACGCUGCUCAUAGUAAUCUUUCUCAGGCAGGAAGCUCUGGGGGAUCAAGGAAAUCUUCCAAAGACAAGGUUGUCUCUGGAGUAUAUGGCGAAGAUAAAAGCUCUGCACCUGAAUCUCAUUGUAACGGCAAGAGAGAGUCAAGUGACUACUACGACAAUUAUCUCUGGUUAGGUCCCCGGGGAUAUGGUGGGUCAAAUGCCCUUUACCCUGGCGAUAUAAUUCCUUUUACUCGAAGACCUCUUUUCUUGAUUAUUGAUAGUGACAGCAGCCAUGCAUUCAAGGUCCUGCAUGGUGCAGAAAGGGGAGAGCCAGCUGCCUUGCUUCUUUCACCUUUGAAACCUGCAUUCAAGAACCUAUCUGCUGUUGAUACAUCACAUUGUGGAAGUCAGUUUACUUUUUUCUUGACUGCUCCUCUGCCGGCAUUCUGCCAGAUGGUUGGCCUCACUUCUGCUGAUUCUGAUAUGGAUUUUUACAAUGAUGCUGAGGAGAUACUCUCCAUUGCAUUCUCUGAAUGGGAGGUUAUUCUUUGUACAUCAAAAGGCCUGGAUCUGGUUUGGGCACAAGUUUUAUCCGAUCCAUUUCUAAGGAGGCUUAUUCUUAGAUUCAUAUUCUGCAGAUCUGUGCUCUCUUUCUUCUGCCCUCUUGAAGAUGAGCAAUAUCUACCCAUUUGCCUGCCCCAUCUUCCCAAUUCUGUCUCCGCGAGAUCUGAAGUUGUGCAGUCAGCUGUAUUUCGGCUUGCAAAUCACCUGAAGGUUGCAGAUUGUUUUCAAUUUGAUGACACAUAAGGAAGAUAAAACUAUAAAAAUGCAGGUUUCUGGCUCUCGAGUUCCAUUAACUUUAUGUGGUAAAUAACUCUUCGGUUGGUUUAAGGGCACUUCAAAGGAGGAGUAUUAUAAUUUGGUGAUACAGCUUAAGCUGGUGGUCAAGAAGAGUUAUUGGCUGAGCAUGGUUGCUUCUGCUGACGUGCGAACUUGUUAAUUCUUUGGUCAGCAUGUUGUGGUUUGCUGUUCUAGGUGGUACUUGAUGAUUUGCAGUUUUGUAUGAAUAUAGCUGCUUGGUUGUCUAGGUGUUAUCAGUGUAUAAUCUAAUUGGUUUUACACCUUUAGAGUUGUUUUCAAGCUAGUGCUAAAGUUUUGUACCUUUGUAAAAGAAAAUCAGGUUAGUCAAAUGGGAUAUAUGUUUUCAUUUCUUUUUUUAAGAAAGAAAAGUUAUAGUGGCAAUGGAUUCAUGCAUUAUUGUUGAAGCUGUGGGAGAGGCAUAUAUGUAAAUGGGUCCUGAAAUUGAAAUUUCUGGAUCCUUUCAGCUGUACAAUUUACAAAUUUGA